UGCCCCAUCAUUGGUAUCAGUGGGAGGAAUAGUGCCCCAUCAUUGGUAUCAGUGGGAGGAAUAGUGCCCCAUCGUUGGUGUCAGGGGAGGAAUAGUGCCCCAUCAUUGGUAUCAGUGGGAGGAAUAGUGCCCCAUCAUUGGUAUCAGUGGGAGGAAUAGUGCCCCAUCAUUGGUGUCAGUGGGAGGAAUAGUGCCCCAUCAUUGGUAUCAGUGGGAGGAAUAGUGCCCCAUCAUUGGUAUCAGUGGGAGGAAUAGUGCCCCAUCAUUGGUAUCAGUGGGAGGAAUAG